AGGAAGAGCGCAGGAAAAAAAUUGCUUUAAAUUAAAGUCACAAGUUGUCAUGCGUACUUGGUAUGAUAGGAGGGAAGUGUCUUCAUAACAGAGCUGCACUGUUUGUUGUGUGUGUGUGUCCCAUAUUUUCUCCACUUACUCUUCUUACACUGCUGCUGUGGGCGCAUUAAGCUGUAACUAAACAGUAAAGUCAACUUUUUCUGGCGCGACUUUUGUGGAAAUGGAGUCUUUUGUAGUUUUGUAGUUCAAAUUAGUCAGCAAUAGAUUAAAAAAAAGAAUAUGUUAAUGUGACUAGAAGGGAAAACACCAUGGCAGACAGAAGGACUUUCAAUGUUGUGAUUUUGGGUGUUGGGUUUCUGUUUAUUUUCACCGCCUUCACCACCUGUGGAAACGUUGAACAAACUGUAGUGAACAGCCUGGAGAAUGAUACUUUCACUGGAAGUGGAUAUCACAGUCUGGGAAUCAUCUAUGGGGUCUUUUCAUUCUCAAAUUUACUCGCACCAACAGUCGUUGCGGUAAUUGGACCCAAAAUUACUAUGUUUCUGAGUGGCCUACUCUACAGUGGUUACAUUGCAGUGUUCAUUGCCCCCUCAACAUGGGCCUUUUACCUGACCUCUGUGCUGAUCGGCCUAGGAGCAGCUAUGCUCUGGACAGCUCAAGGACAGUUUCUGGUGGAAAACUCGGAGGCGUCCACCAUCAAUAGGAACACAGGGAUGUUCUGGGCUCUAUUACAGUGCAGCAUGCUGUUUGGCAAUCUUUACAUUUAUUUUGAUUGGAAUGGAAGAACAGAAAUAUCAGACAGCAGCAGGAAAAAUAUUUUCCUGUUCCUGUUGGUCACCUCCGUACUCGGUACACUCAGCUUCCUGGUGUUGCGAAAGAGCCAUGACGAAGAGGAGAUGCUCUCUGAAGAGGAAGGGCAAUCCCUGCUCUCAACCCGUGUGAUGUACAAGCACAGAGCAAACACUGCCAUGCAAGAUGCCAAGUCUGAGUUCAAGACCAUCCUGAAACUUCUAAAGACUAAAACUAUAGUUCUCCUGAGUCCCUGCAUGGCGUACAGCGGCCUGGAGCUAUCUUUCUACAGUGGAGUGUAUGGAACGUGUAUUGGAGCCACUACACAGUUUGGAGAAGCAGCUAAAGGCUUGAUUGGGAUCUCUGGGAUUGUGAUAGGCAUUGGAGAAAUAGUUGGUGGAGGCUUUUUUGGAUUGUUGUGUAAGAACAAUCGCUUUAGGCGUACCUCAGUGGUGUUUCUGGGAAUGGUUGUCCAUUUCAUUGCUUUCUAUUUGAUCUUCCUUAACAUCCCCAACGAUGCCCCUGUGGUCUCUACAACCACCACGCAAAAGAACCCGUUUCUAACUCCAAGUGUAUCCAUUGCCCUGCUGUGUAGUUUCCUGCUCGGACUUGGGGACAGCUGUUUCAACACACAGCUCUACAGCAUAUUAGGCUGUAUUUAUGCAGAACACAGCACGCCUGCUUUUGCCAUCUUCAAAUUCAUCCAGUCUGUUUUUGCAGCAGUGGCGUUCUUCUACAGUGGUUACCUCCUGCUGAUGUGGCAGCUCCUACUGAUGGUCGUCCUGGGCUUCACUGGGACACUCUGCUUCUUCGUGGUGGAGAGGAUGCAGAACUUCUCUGUGGAUUUGCCGGACUAUUAGAACCAAUGUUUCUCUGUCAGUUUUGUGGGACGGACACCUUCUGGGAGUAACCGAAGCCCUCAUAAAAGGAAUCCUGCAGCUUUUGUUUCAUGAGGGGUGAUUUUAAAUUCUCUUUACAUAGUAAUGCACUGAAAGUCAUACACAUUUCAAUAACAUUUACAAUCAGAAUGGUUUGAAUUGAUACUAUUGAAAUCAAGUUGCCUGGCUAAAAUGAUUCAAUAGUAUCACAUGGUUACAGUAUCAGCAUCAAAGCUUGAAUUGUACCUUGCACUUUUUUAUUAUUUUGUUACCGGAAAUUACACAGAGACCAUAGUUAAUCAUUAACAUCAUCUUUCACUGCACUCCUGCAUUAUUGUUUUUACUGUGGAACUGUAAAAAUAACCACUCACCUUAUCUCAUACUUAUCUGCAUUGCUUCCAGCUCAGGUUUGUUGAAAAUAUUUUAUAUAUCUAAAACUUUAAGUUGUAUCACUUCAAAGCUGUUCAUAGUUUGUCAGAAAGACCAACUGUUUGAUUUAAUGUAAUGAGAGAAUAUAAUGGAGAAUAUCUCCAGUCUU